AUGUCACAUUUUGCAGUCCCAAUUGCCAUUAUAAUCCCAGGAAGUACAAAAACUGGAAUUGCUUUGCUAUAUGAUGAAAUAUCUGAAAAUGCCUAUGAAAUCCGAUUGAAGCUUUCAAAAGAGGUACUAACAAUUCAAAAACAAGAUGUCAUCUGUGUUAGUGGAAGUGUUCCCAAUGCAAAUCACAGAACCGUUAAACUUCGUAGACAACCAGUUGGCGGCUUGGGCUUAAGUAUAAAGGGUGGUGCCGAGCACAAAGUGCCUGUUGUUAUAUCAAAAAUACUUAAAGACCAAGCAGCAGACCAGUCAGGAAUGCUAUUUAUUGGAGAUGCCGUAAUACAGGUUAACGGCAUAAGUGUAGAAGGUGCUACACAUGAAGAAGUGGUGCAACUACUGCGAAAUGCUGGCGAUGAAGUUGCCAUCACCGUUCAAUACCUCAGGGAAGCACCAUCAUUUCUAAAGCUCCCAUUGGGUUCCCCUGGACCAUCAAGUGAUCACAGUAGUCGUGCUUCUUCCCCUCUCUUUGACAGUGGUUUACAUUUAAAUGGAAACUCAACAAAUACAGCACCAUCAUCACCUUCUUCACCCACAGCUAAUGAACCAAAAUAUGAGAAGCGUUGGCUGGAUACCUUAUCAGUUCCUCUAUCAAUGGCUCGAAUUUCGAGGUACAAAGCUGGAACAAAUAAAUUAAGAUCUAAUGCAUUUGAAGUACUGGCCCUCGAUGGAAUUAGCACUGGGAUACUUCAGUUUUGUUCAGCGCAGGAGAGUGCUGACUGGCUGCGAGCAUUAUCAACUAACAUCAGUGAUUUGACACUACAAAAUAUGAAAAUGGCAAAUAAAUGCUGUUCUGCCUCGGACCAGGUGAUACAUAUGGGGUGGGUGAAUGAGAGGCUCCAGGGAGAAGACUCCCCCCAACUGUAUACAUUCAAGUUCCUGGCACUGAAAGGUUCAUCGUUCUAUAUUUUCGGCACACCACCGGUAAGCACAUUAGACUGGAUACGAGCUGAAAAAACGUAUAACCUCUGUGAGGUUCUAUUUAAAAUUCACAAGCUCUGGCUCAAUAAUGACUGUUGGCUACAAGCAAAUUUAUAUUUGGGUAUUCACCAAGACUAUGAGCUUGAAAACCAGAGGCCAUAUUGUUUCAGUGUUGUGGUUGGACAUGGCAAGAGUCAUUACUUUAAUGUGGAACAAGGAAGUGAGCUGGCAAUAUGGGAGAAAUCAUUUCAAAGAGCAAUCUUUUUGGAAGUUCAGAGAACAGGGUCUAAAACUUUUACGUGUUCCUGGCAAGGAGAAAGUCUGUGCUUCACCUUAGAUUUUACUGUGGGAUUCACAUGUUUUGACAAUAAAACAAAGAAGAUUCUCUGGAGAUUUAAAUUUUCUCAGCUCAAGGGGUCAUCAGAUGAUGGAAAAACUCGAGUUAAACUGCUUUUUCAGAAUACUGAAACAAAACAGAUUGAGACAAAGGAACUAGAAUUUCAGGAUUUGACAGCAGUUUUAAACUGCAUCCAUUCAUUUAUAGCUGCUAAAGUUGCAUCGGUGGAUCCAUCAUUUAUAGACAGCCAAUUCAUUGCAAGAAAAUAUACUUACAGUAAUUAAGAGAACAAUGUGUUGUGAUUAUAACAGAUAAAUUAUUUUCUUAAAGAAAAAAAUAUUUCAUGUGCACUAUUACGGUUCCAUGUAAUUUUAUAACAGAUC